AUUUGAAGUGUAUCGUAUCUAAAUAAAGAUUCGACGUGGUCUAGUUAGUAGCUGUAAUUCCGAUACUGAAGCGUAAAAGUUAAAUUGUAUUUUGUUAAAAGGGGGUAUGGUAUUCGGACUAAUUAUUCUCACAGUUUUUACCUCAGAAAUACAAACAAGUAGUCUAGUUUCAUUGAGUAAGGCAACAAUUGCACCACAAAAGAAUAAUCAUCAAAACAUUUCGUUGUUAUUAGAUAAGUUAUUGAGAGGAUAUGACAAUAGUGUCCGUCCAGAUUUUGGAGGUCCACCUACAGUUGUUGAAGUAGAUAUAAUGGUUAGAAGUAUGGGACCAAUAUCAGAAAUUGACAUGACAUAUUCUAUGGACUGCUAUUUUCGUCAGUCAUGGACAGACAAGCGAUUAUCAUUUCUAAGUACUAAUAACUAUACUCUCGCUUUAAGUAUUUCAAUGUUAGCCAAAAUAUGGAAACCUGAUACUUACUUUUACAAUGGGAAACAAUCAUAUUUGCAUACUAUUUCAACACCAAAUAAGUUCGUUAGACUCCAUCAUGAUGGAAGCGUGUUAUAUUCUUCUAGGUUAACCAUUAAAGCCGGUUGUCCAAUGAAUUUGGAAGAUUUUCCAAUGGACGUUCAAAAGUGUCCCUUACGAUUUGGUUCCUGUAAGUUGAAAUCUAAUCAAUUGAUUUCUUGUUUUCAUCUGUUAAUGAUAAUUUCAGUUGGUUAUACAAACAAUGAUUUGAUAUAUAAAUGGAAUAAUGCUAGACAAGUGGCUAUUGCUGAUGAUAUGAAAUUAUCACAAUUUGAUCUUAUAGCUACACCCGCAGGAAACAACACUAUUAAUAUUUUCAACAGUAAUGCUAAGUCAGAGUAUUCUAUGCUACUAGUUAGUUUCCAUCUUCAACGCCACAUGGGUAACUUUUUGAUUCAAGUGUACGGACCUUGUGUUCUACUUGUUGUUUUAUCAUGGGUUUCAUUUUGGUUAAAUAGAGAAGCCACUGCAGACCGAGUUUCACUUGGCAUUACCACUGUACUGACAAUGACUUUUUUGGGAUUGGAAGCUAGGACUAAUUUACCAAAAGUUCCUUAUCCUACUGCGCUAGAUUUUUUUGUAUUCCUUUCUUUUUCAUUUAUAUUUGCAACUAUCAUCCAGUUUGCAGUUGUUCAUUACUUUACAAAAUAUGGUUCUGGAGAAUGUUAUUUCAGUUUCAACUCUGAUUCAAGCAGUGACGAAGAAGACUGGUCACAAUUACAGCCAAAGGUAUCUAACUCUGUUGCAAAAACCGUCGACAAAUGUUCCAAGCCAAACCCCCGUUUUGAAGAAAUCAUUCAGCUUUCAGAUGUCAUCGUAUCCCCAACUUCAAAAUCCUUCACAAAAUCAUCAUCUCAGAAAAUAUCAUUUUCCUGCAAUAAAUCUGGAACAGUUCAAGAAGCAACAACUUCUAAACGAAGAAGUAGCAUCGCAUGCCGAAAAGCAUCUAUACAAAAUAAUUCUAUCUUUGAAAGAAAGAAAAAUUCUCCAAGAUUUAAUUCCGUAUCAAAAAUAGAUCGUGUUUCAAGAAUUUUGUUUCCCUUGUUAUUUGUAACUAUCAACGUAUUCUACUGGUACUCUUAUCUUUCAAAAUCGAAUAAAUCUGUAUAAAUACCUCAA